UCGGUAUAAAGGUCCGACCGCGCGGGAAUCUUCUCAAUUGAGUUUAACCAUGCAUUCCAGCACCAUCUAUUCAGCAAUCCUUCUUGGUUUGAGCUUAACAACUACUGUUGAAGCCCAGAGACGAGGUGGAAGGCGUCCCCAGACUCCAAGGAGAGGUAGACAGGAAGGUGCUGCUGCAGGCUAUGCUGCCCCUAGUGAUGUACCAGUAUAUGGAGCUGCUAGUGAUGCUGUCCCUGUCUAUGAUGCUGCAGCUGGAGAUGAUGCUCUCUCUGCCCUAACCAGUAAUAUCCCCGGUGUACCUGGAGAAGAUUACCCAAUCUACGCUGAAGUUCCUGAGACCAGUUUCACCUGUGAUGGUCAAGUUGACGGUGGUUAUUAUGCUGACCCUGAAGCUGAAUGUCAGGCUUUCCAUAUUUGCACUGCUGACGGCCAAGGUGGACUUGCCAAGUACAGUUUCCUCUGCCCCAACGGAACAAUUCUCAACCAGAACUACUUCAUCUGUGAUUGGUGGUUUAACUUCGACUGCUCCGAAGCUGAAGCUCUUGCUGCUGAAAAGAAUGCUGAACUUGCUGCUGCUAGAGAGGAAGCAUCUGCUUCUUCAGAUCAAGCUGCUUAUUCCUCACCUCUUGAUGAUGCUUACACUGCCGGAGCUGCUGGAGGGCUUGCAGCUUAUGAAGCUGCUGAAAGAGCAGCCAGAAAGCUUGGAUCCGGAAGGAACAACCGAAGACAAGGAGGAAACAGGUCCGGAAACCGCGGUUAAUUCUGCUGCCGGUGAAACUGAAGAAGAAUACCUGCUGAACCCUAUUAUGGUCUAGUCAUUCAACAUUAUUAUUUAUCUAUUUAUUAUUCCAUUUAUAUUAAACCCCGUAAAUAAAAUAUUGCCCACAUUCAA